UUGGGUGGAGAGUUGGCAAGGUGUUUGGGUAGCUCCACCAUGUUUGUUUGUGUGCGUUCCUCACCACCCAAACCUUGCCACAAAAGUGAUCAAUUACUGCCAAAAUACGACUUGCCAUGACAUUUAGGGAAAGUCACAUGGUUUUACUAUUAAUGUGAAGUGUAUCGGCUAUAUUAUACAGUGAGUGCUUGGUGCCGAGGGAGUUGAAACAGCGGAUAAAAGAUUAAGAGUGAUGUGUAGUGUCAAGUGAGGGGUUAAACAUGAUCCAAGCUCAGCACCUGCCAUUGAUGUGUUGAGUGCUGCGCUUCAGAAGACAGUGUGGUAAAGCAUAUUACUGUACAUUUAAUUUUUAUGUACCGUCUACUGUACCAGAAUUUUGACGAGAUUUGUUUGCUAGUUUAUACAAAAAUGUAACUCAUUAUACUAUUGCAGAAAAGGUACUCUAGUUAGCACUUAAAUAUGUAAUGCUUGAAUGAUAAAUUAUAUGUUAGUGAAAUUGAUUGUUAAUACAGUAUAUUGUACUGUGUAUAGUAAUUUUAAUACAUUUUGUAAGGGUAUGCAAAGUAAAUUUUGUAAAUAUAAUGUGACAAAGGCCUUUUUCCUGUGUGAUUGAUCUAUGGCAAAGAAUUAAGGUUGAUAAAAAAAAUUAUAAUUAUUAAUGCUUAGAAAAAUAUCAUUGUGGAUUCAAUAUUAGAAGGGCUGAAAAUUGUCGAAACCGAAAAGCUGUUGUGCAUCCAUAAGGUUACAGUACAAGCGAGAUAAAAAGUCUUCAUGUUGCGCCCAACUCGUAAACAACACAAAAUGAGCAAGAGCAAGGAAAACAAGAUGGAUUCUCGGUCCCUCGAGAAGCGUCUCUCAGCAGUAAGAGAGACGUCAGAAGACAUUCAGUCACUUUCCCGAUGGUGUCUCCAGCACAAAAACCAUCACCAUUCCAUCAUCCAGGCGUGGUCUCGCUCGGUUCGAAAAGCAAAGGUACAUCAUCGACUGACUUUGUUUUACGUGUGCAAUGACAUUGUACAAAAUAGCCGGCGCAAAAAGCUCCAGGACCUCGUCCAGCAUUUUGCUACAGCCAUCAAAGAAGCAGUACCAUUAGUCAGAGAUGAAAAGAUUCGACCCAAGAUUAUACGGAUCUUCAACAUCUGGGAGGAGCGAGGUAUCUAUGAUGCCAAGUUUAUCUCAGACCUGGUGGAAAUAGUGGAGAAUGUGGGAACGGUUAAUGCCUCGGAAAAUGAAAUUGUUCUUUCAAGUUUUCAGCCUGUGCAACUGGUAGAAGGAAUUAGGGGAGUUGGUGCCCUGGAAAAGACAACAGAAUCUCUCCUAACAGACCUUAAGAACCAAGAUUUUUCUUUGACUGACGACGAGAUCAAUCAGCUUCGGCAAACUGUCAAAGACUGUCCAGCGACAAGUUUUUUCGGCCAGUCAUCACCCACUACAGAGCGUGGAACAAGUCGUGAACGCAUGGAGGAGUUUGAGGAAGCUGUGAUUGCUCUUGAGUGUUACAUGGCCUCAGUGCAGAAGGAGGUUGAAGAAAGGACACAGCUUGUCACGUUGCUGGAACAAGCAGAAAUUUUCUACGAAACACAGCGUGGUGAAGCUAAAAUGGUAGCCAAUGCAUACAAAAACUUUGGAAAUAGAGUGAAGACUUUAAAGACUAAGUUAACAGAAAAAAUGAAGACUCUUCCAGAGCCCAGCCCAGUUCCCUCUCCAACAAUUGAUGCUCCAUCUCCAGAGAACAGUGAUGAUGAGGAUCUGUCCCUGCCAGAAUCAAGCACCUCAGGUUUGGAUUCAUUUUUCAAUUCAUCCAAGUUUGCUGAACUUGCCAAAGAAGCUCUUGUGGGUGUGAGUGGGGGUCUGGAGAGUCGCUUAGCUGCUCUCAGAAAAGGAGAACUGUCUCCUCAAAAAUCUCCAAAAACUUCCUCUUCCCGUGAGAUUAAAGAUGCCUAUUCACCGAAACAUGAUACUUCGACCAAAGAUGAUAUUGAAGUCUGGGAGAUCGUAGAUUCCCGAGAUGGGUAUGAAGCACGCGAGACCUGGGAGUCACAGGAUAAUGGAGAAGAUAGAGACAUGCGGGACUCAAGAAGUGCUAGAGAUGCUGAUGAGAGAAGGGAACCACAAGAGAUAAGAGAUGUUCGAGAUUCCUGGGAACGAGAAGUUGGAGACCGAAGGGAUUAUUCAUCAGUGAGGGAACAUAGAAAUUCAAGAAGCUCUAGGGAUUCCAGAGACUCUCGUGAUGGCAUCUCAGAAUCUCGGGAGAUAUACAGGAGCAGUAGCAGGGACCGGGCACCAUCUGAUCGUGAUUAUGCCCAUAAGUCUAGAGAUCGGGAGUAUUCUCAUACUCCUACUAGCUCUUAUGACUCUCCAAUUCAACCUCCAAAGGAUUUGAAGCCCAUGAGUGCUGCUGAACUUCUUGAUACGUUUGGCAAGGCUUACCUUAGCAAGUCCAGUGGAGGAAGUGGGAGUACCAGCAGUAGUGUUACAUCACCAGUAGCUCCUGCUUAUGAGACUUCUAAGCCUCCCACCACACCCACUCCCAAUCCUUCAAUUCCAGAUCUCUCUCGACCACCUCCUAGUCUUUCCAUACCCUUACCCCCAAGUAAUCCACCUACUACUGAAUCACCUUCUCCCUAUACCCCAAUGCCUGUCAGUGCUCCUGCAUCAUAUACCCCAAAACCACUUUACCCUCAGUCUUACCCACUUUCAUCUGAGGCAUCUUCUAAGCCAGUAUACCCACCUACUCCUGUUGAACCACCUCCGCCAUAUCCACCUUAUGAAAAUCCAACUCCAUGGGCUCCUCCGCCACCACCACCCCCACCACCUCCAGAAAUAGUAAAUGAUGGAGUUGGGGGACCAGCAUCAGAGUAUGAUAUUUUAUCAAGGAGUUUCAGCCAAAGUUGGUCUGAUUAUGAACAGUAUAGUAACCCAGGGGAUGUAAACGAUGAAGAGUCAGAUGACCGAAAUUGGGGUGAACCUCCAGGCAAUGAAGAGUUAGAAGCACUAACAUCAGAUACACCAUCAUCCCCUCCAGCUUUUGAGAAAGGAUUUUCUGGGGUUUUGCUUCCCCCUCCUCUGCCCCCAGCUUUUUGUGGACCAGCUCGAAGCAAUUUACGUGAAUUAGUAUCAGAAGGAGAGGAUAGUGAUCACAGAACAAAUCUAGUGAGUAUCAAGCCAAAAGGAACAGAUAGUGAUUAUCGUUGUUAUGAUUACAGCUUUCUCUCUGACCAUUCAACACAGUCAAAGGAAACGCAACCACUUUCUAUUCAAUCCUUGUUUGCAAGCGGUGAUGAUUUAGACUUAAGAGUGAAAAAAUCCGGAGUAAAACAGAUUAACAUAGACUCAGGGUCAGACAUGGAUAUCAGUGCUUCAGAUACUGAGGAUGACAUGGAUAUUAGUGAUGAAUCUGGGAAAGAAGGAAAUAGUAAUAAAAAAGGAAGUGAAACAAAACAUUUAAAGAAAAAUCAGACAAAAGAUAGUAAAAUGGAUUCUCAUAAAAAGAUAAAUGGUAAUCAGAAAUCUAAAACUGAAACCAUUACUGUAAAAGAAGUAAAGAAAGCUUCUGGCACUAAAGCUAGUGAGACUAAACUCAAUAUUAAUACAGAAGUUAUUGAUGUAAGUGCUAUCCUCUCUGUUAUUGGGAACACUGGAGCUCUAAAGUCUGUGGUAAGUAAAGCAGAAAAGAGAAAAUCUGUGGAUGAAGAAAUUGAGGGCUACUCUCCCAAGCCGCUGAGGGUUCGUAAGGAGUCUGGAAAUGACUCGACAGGAGAUUCUAGUGACAAGGAAUCCAAGGUAAGGGGCUGGUAUAAGGAUUUCAAGAAAUUAGAUGAAGAAAAGAUUAUAGUGGAAGAAUAUAUUCCAACAGUUGUUGCUAAAACUGGAGGAAGAGAACAUACAGGAAGAGAUUAUAACAACAGUCGCACUUUUAGUGAAAAUAAUGUGAUAGACGUAAUGAAAAGCUUAGAUGAAGAGUUUAAUCAACAACGAGGCAAGGGCAAUCACCAGGGUUACAAUAACCGAGGUGGAGGAUACAGAGGAAGUGGAUACAGUCCUCAGCAGGGUAGUGGGGGAUAUUAUGGCAGCCAUCAAAACUUUAGGGGUAGGGGUCGUGGAGGUCCCAAUUUUCACUCACCGCAGGGUCGGGGCAGAGGAGGAUUUGGACCUCAUCAGGGUGGCCGUUAUGGUGACUUUCAACAUGGAACACCUCCAUAUAAUCCAUCAGGAAGAGGUUUCCGUGGGCACGAAUCAUAUGGUGGAGGACGAGGGGGCAGGAGAGGUGGCAGGGGGGGAAGAGGUUGGUGGUAAACAUUGAUAAAAUGUUUUAUCUUAUUAAAUAGUAAUUCAGAUUUUUAUGGAAAAAUUUUUUGCCUACUGUUUUCAGUAUCAAUAGUAUGACCCAAAUGAUGAGGUUGUAAACAUAUGUAAAAUUGUGCUAAUGUUAGAUGGUACAAAUAUUCCUACUAAUGUGAAGUCAAUGUUCCAUUAAGGAAAAUCUUCGCCACCUUCUUAAUGCUUCCAUGUUUUUAUGAAGGGUGGAGAUAAUAUGUUAUGCAGCAUAUUUCAUGAAAGGUAAUCUAUUUUUUGAUAAAGAGCAAGUAUGAAGAUCUGUAUUUGGGUUUAUCAAGGAUCAUAGUACAGUACGUUGUGUCUGUACUUAAUAUGUCGGCUAUUUUUGUUUUCCAGAACACAAGUGUUUAUGGUGACCUGAGGUGGAAGUCAUGUGUUCUCUAUAAUGAUACUGGAUUGAAGCUGCAAAAGAAGCUUAAUUUUGUGCAGAACUUGACAGCUUAUUGAAGAAAAUGUCAUCACUAAUGGAAUUUGUUUUAUAUAACUACAUUUCAUUUUAUGCAAGCUUUAUUUAGAUUUUCUCUGCAUGUCUGAACAUGUUGGUACACUUUUACAUAGAAUAACAUGUACCAGACUAUUACCAGUUUUCAGUGAUAUGUCAUUAGCUUAAAUUGUUUUGGUUUGGUCAUUGCCAGAGCUGUGUUAAUAAUCUCAAAAUUUAAUAUAUGCUAUUAUACACUUGCUACCACAUCUACCCCUUAGCUAUAAGUGCAAAUUAGUAACUGCAACUAGUUCAUUGUAGUUUACUUUGGAAAUGAUUAUUGAUGAUCUAUCUGCAGUCUGACAAGAUGAAAGUUAGUUGCUCAGACAAAGCAGAAUGCAGCACUUCUGUUAAGCUAAGUGAUUGAAAAAAGAUCAGUGUAUUCUUAUUGUUUGAAGUUCUCCGUGACUUGAAAAAAGAUCAGUGUAUUCUUAUUGUUUGAAGUUCUCCGUGACUUAAUUGUUAACCAAAAUGAAUUAUGAAUUCAGACUAAAUAUCUAUUUAUUCAGUGUGCUUGAACAGAGUAUCUACUGUUUGCAAUUUUUUGUACCGAGUUUCUGUCAUUCAGAUUCUUAAUAGGAUAUUACAAAUGUGUCUGUAGCUAAGGGGGGAUUAAAACAUUAUUUUAUCUUGAUCAUAAGCCAGAGCAUUAAGUUUGAAGUUGAUAGAAAGGUAGUUAUUUGAUAUUGUAUAUUUACAUUUUGUAAUAAUAAGAUGUUGAUGUAAUUGCACUCAAGUUUUCAUUAGACAAUAGCUCAUAAGAAAGAGCCUGUGUAGUUGAAGACUGCUCUAGUGGCAUAUGGUGUAAAGACACCUCAUGAUACCAUUAAUGUAAAGAUGUAUACAAGAAUGAAAUUCUGUAUUAUAUGAAAAUUCUGAUGUAAUCAACUCUGGCAUUUUAUUUUUUAAUUCAUGUUGCAUUAUUUACACACAAAUGCCUCACAUGCACAAUGUACAUAAUAAGUAAAUACAGUACUGUGGUGAAAUAGAAGAAUUAAACAAAAUGUGAAAACAAAGGCUUAAGUUGAGCAAUACCCCCGAAGUAGUAAUAUCAGUGUUGAAGACAAAGUGUUGCUUGUUGACAUUACUGGGCCUGCUGGCUAAUAAAGCUGUUGGGUGGUAACACUGUCUCGUCCCUUGUGUCAAAUGUUCACCUCUUGAUUUAAAUGCUUAGUCAUUUAGGGAAUGUGACGAAUUUUUUUUUUUUUUUUUUUUCUUUGCUAUGCUGUAAUUAUGUACAGUAUAUACUUGCAUUAUGUAUAUGUGCAAAACUUAUGAUAGGAUGUAUACUCAUUUAUUAUCCAUAUUAGAGCUGCAGUGUGGUUGAUGGUUAUGAGUUCAACAUUAGAUUAUUAGAAUUCAGAGUGGAUCUUAUUAAUUUUCAAUAAUGUCAUAAA